AUGGAGUCCCCGUCGUUUCUUGCUUUCCUGCACCUGUUGCUCUCCCUUCUCCUAGCUCUCCCACUGGCUCAAGCUUCUCCAACGUCCCAAGCACAUGCUCUCCUCCACUGGAAAUCCUCUCUCCGACGCCCAACACCAAGAGCUCUGCAGUCCUGGAACAUUGACACACACAACACCACCACCGCCAGCCCAUGCCACUGGUUUGGGAUCACGUGCACCAAUGGGCUCGUCACCAACGUGAGCGUCCUGCGAGCUGGCCUGGUCGGCACGCUCGACACACUCGACUUCACCGCCCUCCGAUCCCUGACCGUCCUCCGCCUCCGCCGCAACUCGCUCUUCGGCGCCAUCCCCGCCGCCAUCGCCAACCUCUCCAGCCUCGCCGAUCUCGACCUUUCCCACAAUCGCUUCUCCGGCGAGCUCCCUGCCUCACUGGCAGCCCUCUCUGGCCUCGUGAAGCUCGACCUUUCUGCCAACCAAGUGGGUGGCAAACUCUCAUCGGCGGCCGUCGCCAACUGGACCAGGCUGACACACCUACAGCUUCAAUUCAAUCGACUCACUGGAACCAUUCCCGACGAGAUCCGGUACUUAUCCAACCUUCGUGUUCUUCGUCUCUACAGGAAUCGAUUAAGUGGCUCCAUACCACAUCAAGCUCUAUUCCUCCAUCUAUAG